CCUUUCAUCUGAGAAGUUCAAGGUACUUUGUACAAGUUUGCUACACAGGCCCUGUGUUUUGCAGUACAUUUGUAAGUGAUGGCUGCUAUCCGAAAGAAACUGGUGAUUGUAGGUGAUGGAGCUUGUGGCAAGACAUGCUUGCUCAUAGUCUUCAGCAAGGAUCAGUUCCCAGAAGUGUAUGUGCCUACAGUGUUUGAGAACUACGUGGCAGAUAUUGAAGUUGAUGGAAAGCAGGUAGAGUUGGCUUUGUGGGACACAGCUGGACAGGAAGAUUAUGAUCGCCUGAGACCUCUCUCCUACCCAGACACCGAUGUUAUACUGAUGUGUUUCUCCAUUGACAGCCCUGAUAGUUUAGAAAACAUCCCAGAAAAAUGGACCCCAGAAGUAAAGCAUUUUUGUCCCAAUGUACCCAUUAUCCUGGUUGGGAACAAGAAGGAUCUUCGGAACGAUGAGCACACAAGACGAGAGUUAGCCAAGAUGAAGCAGGAGCCAGUAAAACCUGAAGAAGGCAGAGAUAUGGCAAACAGGAUUGGUGCCUUUGGGUACAUGGAAUGUUCAGCGAAGACCAAAGAUGGAGUGAGGGAGGUUUUUGAAAUGGCCACAAGAGCUGCUCUGCAAGCCAGGCGUGGGAAGAAAAAAUCUGGGUGCCUUGUCUUGUGAAACCUUGCUGCAAGCACAGCCCUCAUGCGGUUAAUUUUGAAGUGCUGUUUAUUAAUCUUAGUGUAUGAUUACUGGCCUUUUUCAUUUAUCUAUAAUUUACCUAAGAUUACAAAUCAGAAGUCAUCUUGCUACCAGUAUUUAGAAGCCAGCAAUGAUUAUUAAUGAUGUCCAACCCACCUGACCUGCCAGGAUCCUUCUGACACUGCUCUAACAGCCCUCUGCACUCCACCUGACACACCAGGCGCUAAUUCAAAGAAUUUCUUAACUUCUUGCUUCUUUCUAGAAAGAGAAACAGUUGGUAACUUUUGUGAAUUAGGCUGUAACUACUUUAUAACUAACAUGUCCUGCCUCUAUAAUCUGUCAGUUGCAGGGAACUCUGAAGAGUCCCUACUUCAGAGCCUUACUCCUCAUGAAGUUCGUUGGCCUAGCUCUGGGGUGGGCAUCCAGUUUUUUUUUAAAACAUGCUCAGCCAGAAGCCCCAAGACUAUGCAGCUGUGGCAGAGUUACAGUUCUGUGGUUUCAUGUUAGUUACCUUACAGUUACCGUGUAAUUAGUGCCACUUAAUGUAUGUUACCAAAAAUAAAUAUAUCUACCCGAGACUAGAUGUAGUAUUUUUUGUAUAAUUGGAUUUCCUAAUACUGAUAUUUGUCAUCCCCACAGAGAAUGUAUUGGUUUUUUUUAAAAAAAAAAAAAAAAAAAAGGAAGUGUAUUUGGAAAUAAAGU